GUGACCUGUGACGUAACAACACAUUUCGCGCCAAAGUCCCGGUGUGGCGGUACGAUAUUUUGUCUCAUCCGCGGAACCCACGAAAAUAUGACGAUUGUUUCGUGAAUUUGCUGCCUUGCGAGGGUGAUACCUCCUUAAGCUUCCAAGUUCUGCGGGCAAGAUGUUCUCGGCGGAACUCUUGGGCGAGCUGAAGGUGUGCCUGAAUGGACCUCAGCAGACUGUCAACAGCCGGGCAGCGAGCACGCUCCAGAAGGUGCACACUAUCGUCUCCAGUAAGGAGUACAAGAGCUCUAGUGAAUCCAACCAAGAUUCUCUGCUCUCUGGUAUUGCAGACCUGUCAAACAGUGCAAAAGGUGCGUCUGUGAUAGAAAAGGUGGCCGAAAUACUCCUGGCCAUAAAUGAAGCCAAGUUCCUAACGCUGGACCAGAAGAGCUUGAAGCUUUGGCUGCUCGCUGCAAAAAAUGUCUUAACCAAAGAAGGCUUGAAGGAAGCUGUUAUCCAGAGGAUACUUCAUUUAUCUCAGAAGGUGUUUGAGCUAAGCGACGCUCUGCUGGCGGCUGUGCUCGGGGACUGGUGCUACUUGCCACUGAUCUGCCUGCUGCGUGAGAAUUCGUCCUUGCAACAGGAGGCUCUCUCCGUGCUGUGCAAUCAUCGCAAAGCGGUCUUUAAGCAGCGGAAGGGGGACCCCCGUGUCUACCCGCUCAUCAAAGACUUUGUUGUUCCGCAGCUAUGCAAAUGGGUGGAAGGAGGCAAAGGCAGUCAGGCACUGAAAGUGUGGACCAUGCUCAUCCAGUGGUUAGGAGAGUGCCUACAGAAAAACGUGCCAUCGGUCAAUGCGCUCCUCGAGGUGAUCGAGAAGCCCCUGGGUUCAGCCAAGCCCGAACUUCGGUGCCAAGCCCUGGAAGCCUGGCGAGUCCUCAUCGACACCUUGGCACUCAAGCCAGAUCAUCUCAAGAUGGCCAAGAUGCUGAAGUUGGUGAUGACUCCGCUGAAGCGGUCCGCUUCGUCCAAUGCCCAAGCCCGGCUCGAGCUGCUUCGCACCAUGUGGCACCUGGCAAUGCGCCUCGAACAGAAUUUGUCGCAGGUUUUUGACCAGGUUUGCCUUCCUCUCCUCCAAGUUGUGACGUCGUUUCUAGGCGAAGACUGCUCUCGGCUGCCACCUGACAAAGCCUCCGAGAGGACGGACGUUCAACGGGAGGCCUUGUUCGUUCUUGUCCGUCUGCUUCAGCUCAAGGAGGAGUCCGAACCGGACUUUGAGACGGCCGUUGCCGGCUUGCAGCUGCCGCCUCUGGCAGCCCCCGUCCCGACGAGCGUUCUGGGCCGGCACAUGGAAGCCUGCGAGAAGACGUGUCAGGCCGCCUUUCUCUUCCUGCAGCAGGAGGAACAAAGGGAUGUCGAAGGACUUGGUCAUCUGCUGCUCCACUUUCUGAUUCAGAGAGUCGUCGAAGCACACGGCGACGACAGCACAGUGACAGUGGCGGCUCUCCUUAAACUGAUUGACGACGCCAUGACGGGAUAUGCACUGUCUUCUCCCCUGACCUGUGCUAAAGCGAUACAAGAGGUCAGCCUCAUGCCGGAGAAAAUACUCACCUCUCACUGCUACUACUCCGGGAAAGUCGGAGUGCUUCACGGGACACCUGUGCUGACCUUUCUGAAACUGCUGAUUCAGCCUUCAGUUGUGACGGCCUUGAACUCUGAAGAAAAGGUCGUGUCCCUAUUCAAGACCCUGCUUUCCCUCGGUCUCAACGGUCCGUCGUGGCUCCACUUUGCCCACGCGACCAUCACUCAGCUGGAAAAGUGCGCCUCUACAGACGGUUCCGCACCACCACCCUCUACGGAGCCUUCUUCCGAGGCCGUGUUGUCCGUGUCGUCUCAGUCUCUGGCUGCGACUUCAAUGGCCGGACCUUUCUGGCUCGCCCUGGCGUCUGCGCUGGUCGUCUGCGUGCAGAAUCGUCAGGAAGUGAACCAGGGAACCAACCAGGAGCCGGACUUUACGACAAUGGUCGAGGCAUUGGGCUUUCCCGCGACGCACGUCCUGCCCUUUGCAUCUGCUCAGACGAAGAAAGCGGUACUAAGGAAGUGGGCCGAGCUGUACCAAUGCUUCGCCUGCACCGCAGCCCUGGUGGAGAGCGCCACACCCAACAAUGCAUGUCACGAAGUUUGCCAGCUGCUGUACUCUCGCCUGACUCCAGCCCUCAAGGAGGACUUGAACUAUCUGGACACCUUUUGCAACAUCCUCUUGAUCGUCGGAGAGCACCUGCCAUCGUCCAUCGGCAAGAAUAUCGGAGGUGGCAGUCCUGGCCUUUCCAAUUGGGGCCAGCGCCCCAGUGGCCAGCUGCCUAUGGGGAACCUGCACUGGUUCUGCAGGCUGGUGGGCUGGGUCCUCGAAGCUUGCCAUGCCGAGCACUCCAAGCACAUCACAGAGACUGUUCUGCAUCCAAAGGUGAAGCAGCCGCUCAUGAGUGCCACGGGCAAGGUUAUCCGGCUGACCAAGGACCUGCUGAGCUCCCUGUGCGGCUCUCAGGUGCAGCAGGAGUUUCUGAGGCUGUUCGUAAUGCCCCUGGCGCCUUUCUUCGUCCUCAUAAAGACUACCAAGGUUUCCAAGGUUGUCAACAGUGGCGUCGGCCCAAAGCUGGAAGACCUCUGGAAUGUGCUUGUGGCGGGCAUCCAGGACUACUACCGGGGACUGAGAGACACCACGCUACUCCUUCUGCUCUCCCCGCUCCUGGAGGCCACCUUGCUGCACCCACGCUGGCUCAUCCGCGAGCGCGCGCUCCAGCUCUGGAAGGCCCUCUUCGCUCAGCCUUCCUCGCCCCUCGACAUUCCCGACUCUCUCAAAGAGGUCUUGCGGAAGGUGAGGCCAUGCCUCCUGCCGGACGUCUCGCCGGAAGAGUUCACCUCCUCCAGUCCGGCCACCCAGUCCUCUCAGUCACAGCAGGACUCCUCUUUGCUCGUGCCCGACGCCAGGCCCCUCUUGACCCCAACAAAGGCCGUCCUCGUUGGGUUCAGCCCCCUGCCCAAGGGGAGGUCCUCCUUUGAGAAGCCCAACUGCUCCACCCCCGCUCUGGCCGUGGUACGCUCUCCGGGCUCCUCCCGACCUCAGGCCAAGCAGGCCACCGCAAAGUCGAAAAGGCGGAGCCUUUACGACUACCGGUCCGAGGAAUUUGUGCAGAUUGCAUCUCCUGUCAAGAAAUCCACUGCACUGACAGAACACCAGCGCGAAGUAUUUCGGGAGAGAAGGUCGUUACCCGCCAUGUACAACAACCUGUCCCAAAGUGGCUUGGACUCUCAGGACUUCAUCAUAUGCACACCUGCACUGAAUGAGCGUUGCAAAGAGGCCCCUGCAGCAGCGGGAAGUGGAGAAGCGCGUGCUCCGGUCAUCAUCCUCGACUCGGAGGACGACAUGCGAGACGUGGAGAAUGCGUGCGAAGGAGAAGCGGGCACAAGGGCCCGGGAGAUGGAGCACAACAGCGGCGGGCGUAGAACGCCGCCUCUGCAAGAGGUGGACUGCAACUCGCAGCAGCCGGUCGAGGUUGCUGCGGAGGUGGUGGUGUCCGAGUCAGAAGAGUUUGAAUCCAGUUCGCAGCUCAAGCAAAAAUGCGAGGAGUUGGUGGUCGAAAUCAAGCUGUGCCGAUAUGACACCCCGGUACCGAAGCACGUGGUCUCGCCUGUGGCUAGUCCGAAAGUCCACAGGCCGAAGGGACGCCUUUCCUUCGCUCGUUCCGUUGACCCGACCCUGGAACAGGCCACUGAAGCCGCGCACCUUGACUUCACCGACGUAGUGCCAAGCUCCCAGUCAAGUCUGGGCUCUGGCUGCGAAGAAACCGUAGCGGAAGUCCAGAAGGGAACCGUCAAGCGCAAGUUGGCGACAAGGCCGUCAAAGAAGAGUCGUGGAAAAGCGAAGAAAGCUCCGCCUGCACCAAUCGGCGCAAAGCGGAAAUCCCCUGGGAGGCCUCGGAAAGUCGCGAAACCCAUCGUUUCAGAAGACAGCUCGAAAGAUGAGUCGCUACGGACAUGCGAAUCCACAUUGUCGUGCGAGAGCCAGCCUUCGGGCAGCUUGCAUCUUGGCGGACGGAAACGAGACAGGUUGCUCGUUGCGUCAGCAGAAGAAGAGGUGCAGACGCCGCUUUUGCCGAGACCCACAAAGGCAAGUAAAUUGGCAGUUGCGCCGAAUCUCCGCAAAGGCGCCGUUGCGGAGGUUGUGUCGCGGUGCCCGCAGUCGUGGCUCGGGGUUGAGCUCGAAGACGGAGUCGCCCCUUUCGCGGAGGACGAAGACGACCUCACCCUCGUGGAAGAAACAGAAGUUGACCGCACUCUCCCCGAAGACGACGAUGAAGACAACGCAUUCGUCGAAGACACGGAAGUGGAUUGUGCUCAAGUCGAUUUGACGUCCGACUCGCCCGAGGGAACUGGGAACAACGAUACACAGGAGACGGUGACGUACGCGGCCUCUGAGCCCUCCCUCCGUGAUGUCGAGAUCAGUCUGGUCGAAAGUGAUGUGGUCGCUAUGGAAGAAGAUGGCGAGCAGGAAAGCGGAGUUGGCGGUCUUGGAAGCCGUUCCUCAGCUGGAAACCGCGACGGGAGCCACAUCUCCCCAGCGAAAGGGGAGGACAGUGGCCCUACCCUUUCUCAGAUCACCGCAAACUCUGAGCUUCAGCUUCAGGCGAUCGCGUCGGCCGACGUGGAUUUCCUCGGAGACGCAGUCGCGCCAGGGGUGUUGGUAAACGAAACGGUUGGGUUUGACUCCACAGAACACAACAUUCGAGCUACAAACGGCAGAACCGAUACCAGUGUCCACAAAAAUGCGUCAAGAACGGUUACUGACAUUAGCGGGGCCUCCAUUUGCCGGCCGUACGUGGAUUCCGGAGCCGCUCAAGAGUCGGAGCAGUUCUCCGACCUGCGACUCGAGUCCGUCACCCAAUCGGAAGCAUCAAGUGGAUCGGAGGAAACCGACGCCGCCAUUGCGCAUCCGACAAGGCCUGAAGACGUGACGGCGGCAAGUGCCGAACUGGCGCCUCCCACCUUAAGGUUGCCAAGCGUCUCUCAGCUUCGUUGGAAGCAGAUAUUCCCUACCUUGACUCCGCAGCAGAAGCAACGCCCAGAAUCCGCAGAACAAGCAGCCUCUACGGUAGACGAGUGCAAACCUUGUCGGGCGGAUAGAGAAUCCAUAGCCAGCACCGGGGAAAGCAAGCCCUGCCAAGCCGUCGAGGCCUCCGUACCCGAGCGGUUGUCACCGGACCUUCCCGAAGAUCCUUUGGGGGCAGACAAUGGCGGCAUUGCACAGGGGUCCAUUCAGUACUCCGACCUGGUACUGGAACCCCUCAGCCAGUCGGAAGCCGCAGAUGAGUCCGAAGAGGCUGACGCGGCCAUGGCACAAGCCUCGGACACAACCGACAAGGUGAAAGGUGCCAGAAAGCGCAAGCUUCCCUGCCAGGCAUCGCCGAUUGCGAGUCGCCUCCGUGCGAAGCAGAUGCGGCAGUCCCUUCAGGCGGCGCAGGAAGAAAGCUCGUCCCGGCAGCAGCAGGGUUGCUCGACCGGCCAGGCGGCGCCGGCGGAACCGGGCUCUCCUCCCGGCCGUUUGGGCAGUGGCAGGCCCCCGUGGGCCAUGUCGCCGUCGUUGGCGCACUCGUCCCGCAGCAGGCAGAUGCUAGACGCUGCCAUGCGCUCCCUCGUCACGUCGCCCAGUGCCGUGCUCAAGCGGAAGGCGGCGGCGGACAUGAGGCCGGCGGGCACAAGCAACGGGACAGACCCCGCCAGCCCGGGCCUCAACGGGAUCCUGAAGCGGAAAUCGUGCGGAGUCGACUCCCCCGAGCAUUCCCCGCAGCGGACGUCUCGAAGCGUGUCCUUUGCUGACCCCAUUGUCCACGUUUGCGAGAUAACGCCGCGGGAUUACUGGCUUGCCCGCCCGUCCCUGUACGGCCUCAAGAAAAAGGACCUGGCAGAGGAAGUCCUAGUGGACAGCCAGGAGCCCCUCUGUCCCGAGCUGGAUGCCUGCGAAGAUCCCCUGGAGAAGAUCAUCCCAUUCAUGACGUCCAGCGUCUGGCAGCGCAGCCUUCAGCGCAGGCUCUCGGGCCUCAACAUCCGGACCGUGCGAGACCUGGCAGUGCUCACUCCCGCGCAGGCGGCACAGCUUCCCAUCAGGGCACCCAGGGUUGCCACACUGAGGAGCAACCUGCAGGCUUACCUCGAGGCUACGCAACAAGCUCCCGAGGCCGACAACCUCGGUGCGGGAGUCGACGAUGUCGGGGCAGACGCGGACGGUCCUCGGCUCGAAGCCGUGCCUGGGGUGGAUCCGGCUACCACUGUCGCAUCUCGGGAAGGAGAGCCUGCCAAGUUGCUGGAAGAGUGCCUGCUUGCUCCGCCCAUCCUGGCUGAACCUAGUGUUGGAACAGAGGCCCCAAAGACAACAGCCCCGAGUGAGGUCGUCAUGUCUCCAGUCACACAACUCCAAGACACAGCCCCGACGGAGGCUGUGGAGGCAGGCAGCGGCGCUCUGAUAAGGGAAACCGCAAAUGCUGCGGAGACACCGACACAGUCCGACCAAGAAGUCUCGACCUCGAAGGACUUGCUGCUUCAGUGGAUGCCAGAGUUCCUUUCGUCCCUCGACAGCGAAGCCUUUAAAGAUGUCUUUAUGGCCAUUUCCUUGGAGGCGGCGAAACGCAUGAACAAAACAUGACUCCGCUCGUCGUUUCACAUUUGUAAAUACCAGCCUGUAAUCCUCUCUAAUGUCUUUCGUGAUUGUUCAAGAGAUUAUGCGCACUCAUUUUUUUUUUUUUCUUUUUUAUUGCAGUUCUUAAGUUUAGUGUUUUCAGUUCCUGUUUUGUAUAUGUCGUACAUGUUUUGUACAAGUCUUUGUAGUCUGGGGUCCGGUUUGCGUUUCUGGCGUAUCACUAGGUUUCCUUGUACCGUCGGCUUGAGGAAGUUUUAAAUUUAUGACAAACAUUGUUACUUGCCAAAAGUCUCGUCGAGCAUUCCUUCGUAAUACGUACGUAUUUCUCCCCCUUGAGCACCCUGCAAGUGAUGCGGUGAGGUUGAAAGGCACGCGUGUCAUUCACUUGUACUCAACGUACACUUCACAUUUGCAAUCAUUUUCUUAUUCGUCCCCGCCGAGCUCUGGACGAGCGGGACGCACUUCACGUCCAUCGUGGGAUGAAGAGACACUGGUGCAUUUUAUACUCCCUAGGCAGUUUUUAAUCUUGGUAGUCAUGCUCGUUUCAAUAUUUCCCUACCAUAUUUAUUUAGUGGAGAGCAAGUGUGUUUGUUUUUUCCCGACAUUUCUUGUAAGAGAAACAUCCAGGCGUGUCAUGCCGUCCAGGGGGUUCUUACAUAUGAUUUGUUGAACCAGUUUCUUUUCUGAUCUUAUUCUCUCUGUGAUUAGUGUCUGCUGUUUAGCAUUUGUAGGCAGACUGUGUUUUGUGUUUUAUAGUUUUACAAAUAAAUUGUGUACUAAAAUUUCAA